AUGCCUCGCACAACAAGCUUGGAACGAAUUUCGAAAGCCACCAAGGAUCUGCUAGAGAGAAGAAAAGCACUGAGGCUGGAUCUGACUACAACACAUCUCGAGCGACUGGCAAUCAAAACUCUUGGAAGCAGCACAAGGAAGAAGAAGUCUAAAGAAGUACCGCAGCGACCUUCUCGACUGUCGUGUUCCGCUGACAACACUACUAAACGAAGAUGGGACUCGCACAUCUUCCCGACAAGAGAUGGAAUCGAUCACGAUGAGAUUCUACGCCAAUCCUUCCGCUCAUCAACACCCGUGUUAAACCCCGUUAUUCCCACUGGAGAAAUACCACCAAGGAUUCUACCUGCUGAAGUACGCGACGCCAUUAAGACCAUGAAGCCAGCCACGGCUCCGGGACCGGACCCGAGCUGGAGGACAUCGCCUACACGAGAUACUUGCAAAACAUCUAACGUCUUACCUUCAAAAGGAAAG